AUGGUCGAGGCGAAGGAGCUCAAGGCUCAAUGGCAGACUCAAACCGAGCUGCCCGAGUAUACAUUGAAAGAUGUCACGGCACAUAACAGCAAGAGUGAUUGCUGGAUUGUCAUCCACGGACAAGUCUUCGAUAUCACCGAGUACCUGCAAGACCACCCGGGCGGCGCAGAGGCCCUCGUCGAAGUCGCAGGCAAAGAUGCCACUGCCGAAUAUGAAGACGUCGGCCACUCAGAGGAUGCGCACGAGAUCAUGCAGCCCUAUCUGGUCGGCACGCUGAAAGAUGCCCAGCAAUAUGUGCGCCCCAAGUCCGUCCGCGUCGUGUCUCAAAAGACCGAGGAGAAGAAGCUUUCAUCGUCUUCCUCGCUACGCACCCUCGCCGUCGCAGCUAGCGCCCUCACCCUCAUCCCAGCCUACUUCGUCUGCAGCAAGGGAAUCAACUUCCCUCGUCACCCCCACCAAAUCCACACCCUCCAUCUCCCGCGCGGUGGCUUCGUGAAUGGCUUCCUGGCAGCCAGCAUCAUUUGCGGCUCCAUCGGCGCAGUCGUCGCCAAACAGGCCAGCCGCUUCACCAAGAUCGAAUCCGGCUUCAUGCGCUACCCGCCACGUAUCAAGGCGAAGAAAGUCAUCCGCGACGACCCGCACUUGACUCGCGGCUUCCUGCAGCCACAGACCUACCAGCGUCUUCCACUCGUGGAGAAGACCGCCCUCUCACCAAACGUCUAUCGCUUCAUUUUCGCUUUGCCCGACUCAACCAGCGUCCUGGGUCUCCCCAUCGGCCAACACGUCGCCAUCAAGGCUGGAAUCAACGGUACAACCGUCACAAGAUCCUACACGCCCACCUCCAACAACCUCGACAAAGGCCGUCUUGAGCUCGUCGUGAAAUGCUAUCCGGACGGUCUACUUAGCGGCUACCUCGCCAACCUCUCUAUCGGCGACGAAGUCGACUUCCGCGGCCCUAAGGGCGCAAUGAAAUACACUGAGGGUCUUUGCCGCAGAAUCGGCAUGGUAGCCGGUGGAACGGGCAUUACGCCCAUGUACCAACUCAUCCGUGCAAUCUGCGAAAACGAGUCCGAUACCACGGAGAUUAGUUUGGUUUACGCCAACCGCUCCGAGAGCGAUAUCCUCCUUCGCGACGAGCUUGAGAACUUUGCGAGACGGUAUCCGAAGAACUUCAAGCUGUGGUAUAUGCUGGAUACGCCGCCCGAGAAUUGGAAGUAUGGCAGUGGGUAUGUGGAUCAGAAUGUCCUGCGCGAGCAGUUGCCGGGCCCGGCGUCUGAGACGAAGAUUUUGCUUUGUGGGCCGCCUGGCAUGGUCAGUGCCACUAAGAGAAAUUUGGAGGCGUUGGGUUUUACUAAGCCUGGUUCGGUGUCGAAGAUGAGCGAUGAGGUUUUUUGUUUCUAG